CUGCAGAGACAGCGCUCCUCGUCGCGGCUUCCAUCCGCCGUUUCCUGGCCUGAACCUCACUGCAGGGCGAGAGCAGCGGUCCGACAUGGCUAAAAGCACUGCCAUCGGCAUUGACCUGGGCACCACCUACUCGUGUGUGGGGGUGUUCCAGCACGGCAAAGUGGAGAUCAUCGCCAACGACCAGGGCAACCGCACCACCCCCAGCUACGUGGCCUUCACCGACACGGAACGGCUCAUCGGGGAUGCGGCCAAGAACCAGGUGGCGCUGAACCCUCAGAACACGGUGUUCGACGCAAAGCGGCUGAUCGGUCGCAAGUUCGGCGACCCGGUGGUGCAGUCAGACAUGAAGCACUGGCCGUUCCAGGUGAUCAACGACGGAGACAAGCCCAAGGUGCGGGUGAGCUACAAGGGGGAGACCAAGGCGUUUUACCCCGAGGAGAUCUCGUCCAUGGUGCUGACGAAGAUGAAGGAGAUCGCCGAGGCGUACCUGGGCUACCCGGUGACGAAUGCGGUGAUCACCGUGCCGGCCUACUUCAACGACUCGCAGCGCCAGGCCACCAAGGAUGCUGGGGUGAUCGCGGGGCUGAACGUGCUGAGAAUCAUCAACGAGCCCACGGCGGCAGCCAUCGCCUACGGCCUGGACCGGACGGGCAAGGGGGAGCGCAACGUGCUCAUCUUUGACCUGGGCGGUGGUACGUUCGACGUGUCCAUCCUGACGAUCGAUGACGGCAUCUUCGAGGUGAAGGCCACGGCCGGGGACACCCACCUGGGUGGGGAGGACUUUGACAACAGGCUGGUGAGCCACUUCGUGGAGGAGUUCAAGAGGAAGCACAAGAAGGACAUCAGCCAGAACAAGCGGGCCGUGAGGCGGCUGCGCACCGCCUGUGAGAGGGCCAAGAGGACCCUGUCGUCCAGCACCCAGGCCAGCCUGGAGAUCGACUCCCUGUUUGAGGGCAUCGAUUUCUACACGUCCAUCACCAGGGCGCGCUUCGAGGAGCUGUGCUCCGACCUGUUCCGGGGCACGCUGGAGCCCGUGGAGAAGGCUCUGCGCGAUGCCAAGCUGGACAAGGCGCAGAUCCACGACCUGGUCCUGGUAGGGGGCUCCACGCGCAUCCCCAAGGUGCAGAAGCUGCUGCAGGACUUCUUCAACGGGCGCGACCUCAACAAGAGCAUCAACCCCGACGAGGCGGUGGCCUACGGGGCGGCGGUGCAGGCAGCCAUCCUGAUGGGGGACAAAUCUGAAAACGUGCAGGACCUGCUGCUGCUGGACGUGGCUCCCCUGUCGCUGGGACUGGAGACGGCCGGGGGUGUGAUGACUGCCCUAAUCAAGCGCAACUCCACCAUCCCCACCAAGCAGACGCAGAUCUUCACCACCUACUCCGAUAACCAGCCCGGGGUGCUGAUCCAGGUGUACGAAGGUGAGAGGGCCAUGACGCGCGACAACAACCUGCUGGGUCGAUUCGAGCUGAGCGGCAUUCCUCCAGCCCCAAGGGGCGUGCCCCAGAUCGAGGUGACCUUUGACAUCGACGCCAACGGCAUCCUGAACGUCACGGCCACCGACAAGAGCACGGGCAAGGCCAACAAGAUCACUAUCACCAACGACAAGGGCCGCCUGAGCAAGGAGGAAAUCGAGCGCAUGGUGCAGGAGGCCGAGAAGUACAAAGCCGAGGACGAGGUGCAGCGCGAGAGAGUUUCUGCUAAGAACGCCCUGGAGUCGUACGCCUUCAACAUGAAGAGCGCAGUGGAGGACGAGGGGCUCAAGGGCAAGAUCAGUGAGGCGGACAAGAAGAAGGUGCUGGACAAGUGCCAGGAAGUGAUCUCCUGGCUGGACGCCAACACCCUGGCCGAGAAGGAGGAGUUUGAGCACAAGAGGAAAGAGCUGGAGCAGGUGUGUAACCCCAUCAUUAGUGGACUGUAUCAGGGGGCGGGUGGCCCUGGAGCUGGUGGCUUUGGAGCUCAGGCUCCCCGAGGCGCCUCUGCAUCUGGCCCCACCAUUGAGGAGGUGGAUUAGGGCCCUUUGCGGGUUUGGUUACUAUGUUCUUUGAAACGGUUAGAACUCAAGGACGUUGCAUUGCCCUAUAUUUGUUAUUCUUUUAGCUUUCUGUUUUUCUUCAUUGUAUAUGUAGUUAAGCUGAACCUGAUAACUAGCUGUGGUUUUUUUUUUGUCGUAUAAUUAGUGUUCAUUGGAAUUGUUUGCAUUUUAUGUAAGUUAGUACUAUAAGAUUCUUUGUUUUCUCUCAAUCUCUGAAUCAACAGUGCCACCCUCUGUCCAAUUUUCUGCUGUGCAAAGCAUGAGAAAGAUGAAUGUUUUAUUUUUAUAAUUUGUUUACUUAAAGUUGAAUAAUAAAAGAUCAAAAAUGUGUUAAUUUUUCUAUUGUUUGUACGUGGGGAGGGAUAAUGGGCUUUCAGUUCCUGGGUGAUGGCUGAGUUGCAAACCAAAAGUUUGGAGAUUUGAGUUCACCUGAAGAAAGGCCUGGUGAUCUACUGAAAAAUCAGCCAUUGAAAAUCCUGUGGAGCACAGUUCUGAUACACAUUGGAGUGCCAUGAAUCAGUCAACUUGAUGGCAACUUGUUUAAUGAACCUUCUCAGUAUGUUUGAAUUCCUUGGACAGGGAAAGGGACAACGGCUUCGCGGGGCAGGGGUACAUAUACCAAAAGCUGUGGCUAUUUUUGUUGAGACUUACUGUGGGAGGUGAAUGACAUCUUUGUUAGGGAGAAAGCAAAAAUUGCAGGUGCCCAUUUUUAUUAGAAUGGUGCUUGUUUCUAGGAAAAAUAGGGAUGGGGCCCACUAAAGGGUGUUAAAGGUGUGGGUUGACUGGGCAGAAAGGCAGAGAUAGUGUGGAGGGUGGUUCUUGGCUCCUUGCUCUCCUACCUGCACUUAGUGUUAUGUAUAGCCCUUGAGCUUCAUUUCUCCUUACCUGUGACUUUUCUAGGCUUUUAAUUAGCUUGUAAGUUAUGGAGUGGGAUGAAGCACCCUGGCUCUGUAAAUUCUAGCUGCUACCAAGUGCAAAUUACUUAGUCUUUUAAAAUAAAGUAUGUCACUUGAAUGGCCUCUCUUCCAAUGUUUUAAAGUCAUUUUCAGCGACGAUAUGAAAUAAGCAGCAAUAUCUCCAGCUGUGGUCACACUAGCUGCAAUUAUCCAAGUGCAGUCUUGAGUGAAGCUGAGAGCUUGGGCCCCUGGCAGCAAAGGAGAGGUGGGUGAGGUGCUGCUGUAUUAGGUUCUUUGUGUCACCUUAGGAAUCUUCACCCCACCAUCCUCUAAAUUAGUAUUCUAAAGCUUUUGCGCAGGUUAGUAUGUGGAGGUGGUCACUUCAGCUGCAUCCAGGCCUAGAUCGGAGAGCAACAGUUUUGGGGGGACGAGGUUUUUUUCCACUGUCUGAAUACUGUUGCUGUUCAGUUGUACCUGUCUAAGUGAUGGUUUUACCCUAAGUUUAGCAAUCAGCAGCUGCUUUGCCCUUAUGUUUUAAAAACAAAAGCAAUUUUUGAACAAUAACAAAAUUAUGAGAAAAGCUGCACAGCAUAAAACUAGGAAGAUCAAGGUCAUGAGGUUUGUCCCACAGGUCCUUCCUAGGGCAUUCUUCCUGCUUAGCACCUCGUCUAGCCUGAGAGAACCACAACUCCCUUCCUCCCAAAAACUGAGCCUGGAAAUAAAUACUCCAGAAUCAGAUUAAAGGUCCACUGUUAACUUUUCACUAAUAUCUUUGCCUUCUGAGAAAAUGAAACAUUUUAAGAAUAACAGUAUAGGGAGUCCCUCCUUGAAAGCUUGUAAAAGGAAUAUACUGUAGUAAGAAUGCCUUUGGUUCCUGGGCUAGUUCUUAAAGACCUGUUUUACUCACAAGAUAGCUGAACCUUCAAUAUUAUACUAUAGUCUCUGAUCACAGCACAAUGCAAUUUAACUGCUGUAGCAACAGUAACGGGGGGCUCUCCUUUUUUAACUGCCAAGCAGUCAAGGGAACAAGUCCUUUAGCUUCAAGCCCUCUGAACCAUCGUUCUCCACCCAAGUGGCAUAUUAAAAUCAUUUGGGGAAGCUAAGAAACAGAUGCCUCACCCAGACCAAUUCAGAAGU